GCUUCGCACCCCUGCAUAUAACAUGUACGGCGCCCCCUCUCUGAGAGGUAAGACGUUUUCCGCUUCGCACACAAGUGACUCCAAAGAACAAACAUGAUGUUCAAGUGACUCCAAAGCACAGUCAAGACGAUAAAGGAAAUCCAUAUGUUGCUCUUUCCCUCGGAAUAUCCCGGGUAUGCUUGGAGCCAGGUCACACCUUGCAUGCAGAUUUUGAGUUGUCUAUAUUCAACAAUUCAAAAGGAAUGUACUGUGGAUCCAAAGCUAGCUACAACUUCGAUGACAAGAAUAUGUACUCGAACAAGGAAUGCUUGAUUUCUCUUCAGGAGUUACUGAAAUCAUCUGCUUUUCUAGUGGAUGAUAGCUGUGUCUUUGGUGUGGAUAUAUUAAAAAUUGAUGUCUCUUCUCCUGAAAAGAAGUCCGUUGUGGUACAAAAGAAGGCUACCACAGUUGAGAACCUCUUUGUCCAGAAGAAGGGAUUCAUCAAAGGGACAUACACUUGGACCAUGAACAAUUUCCUAGAAUUGGAGUCUCAGCAAUUUGUCCGCUCUCCUACAUUUGAAGUUGGUGGGCAUAGAUGGCACAUCGGCAUGUAUCCGCAUGGUGACAAGCGCAGCACUGAUUACCUCAGCAUGGCUUUGUGCCUGGACUCCUCGGAUGAGCUCUUUAUUGAGUCCAGAAAGGUGGUUCAAAUAACUCUGUCCAUCCUCGACCAAAAGAGUGGGAAAUACUUCACGAGAACUACAGGUCUCGUGCCAUGUAUAUGUACAGAAGGCUGGGCAUGGUACAACUUCUUGCCACUCAAGAAACUCAAGGAUAUGUCCAGAGGGUAUCUUAUAGAAUCAAAGUGUGUCCUCAAGGCAGAUCUCACUAUCUUUGGAUCAUCCAAUGACGGCUAGAUCUUUACCUUGUGGCCUGAUGCAGAGUUAAUACGCCUUCAUCCUACUACUAGUUAGAGUUAUUCUUUCAAAAAAAAACUAGUUAGAGUUACAUAUAUGAGAUGGUCUGAUUUGUUUGAUGUUCUUAAACUUCUUAUUGUAUUCAAGAUGAACUAGUUUACAACAAGUCAAAGAAAU